AUGUUCUGUAUUCUUGCACACCGUAUUCGAGGACAAACACAUCCAAAUGUGUUUCCACACCAUAUUCAGAAGGAUCUGCAGACACCUUUGAGCAUCAUACGCAACCAAACUAUACCCACCCAGUAUACCCACCAACUAAUACCACCCACUAUACCCACCCAAUAUGCCCACCACCUGUACCAAGCAUACCAACCAACUAUACCACCCAGUAUACCACCAACUAUACCCCCAGUAUACCCAACCCAGUAUACCAACUAUACCCACCCAGUAUACCAACCCAGUAUACCCACCCAUAUACCACCCAAUAACCCACCCACCUAUACCACCCAGUAUACCAACCAACUAUACCAACCCAGUGUAAAUACCAAACUAUACCCACCCACAACCAACUAUACCCACCCAGUAUACCAACCAACUAUAACCCACCCGUAUAACCACCAACCAACUAUAGCCACCGCAUACCAACCAACUGUACCAACUAUACAACUAACCACCCAGCAUACCAACCCAUAUACCCACCCAGUAUACCCACCCAGUAUACCAACCAACUAUACCCACCCAGCAUACCAACCCAGUAUACCCACCCAGCAUACCAACCAACAGCAUAUACCAACAAUACCACAAGUAUACCACCCAACAUACCCCAGUAUACCAACCCAGUACCCCACCCAUACCAACCAACUAUACCCAGCCCAGCAUACCAACCCGUAUACCCACCCAGCAAUACCCACCCACCCAGCAUACCCCACCCAGAGUACGCCCCCACCAGUAAUUCCCCAAGUGACUCCCCCUAGGUAUCCCACCCCGAUCCCGGUGACUACCCCCACGUGCCUUAUCCAUGGUGACUCCCCUAGGUAA